GCUGCAGGUAAUCUGGAUGCCUGGAUGGGAGCUUGAACAAACCAGUGAGAGACAGAAAGAGGAACUGAGAGAGAGAGAGAGAGUCGAUCGAGAGAGAGAGAGAGAGAGCACACACACGGAGAGAGCUUCAGAAGCACAUUCUUACACGCCACAAAGCAGUUGCUUGGACGACCGAAGACGGAGCGAAAGACGGGAAUCACAACACAAAGGAGAGGAAAAGGAAGAAGAACCAGAGUGGGGAAAAAAAGAUCUCCUGGGUUUUAAAAAGUGUGAGAUUUGGGACUGGGAUUGGGUGAAGAUCAUCUUUUGAACCCUCUGCAGGAAGAUUAAAAUAUUCCUUUCAUUUUGAGAGAGCUUGUGGAAAAUUGCUACAAAGAGAACAACUCUGCCAGCAGGAUUCAAAGGCCAGAGGCUGUGCACCGGCAGCCUAGUGAAAGACGGAAUUAACGACUGUGUCCUUGUCCUCGAGAGCGGCCAUUUACGAAAAACCUGGCACUCUCUGGGGGCUGCUGCGUAAUUCAAACCUGUUUUAUCACAGUUUCACUGUAUGUGGAGAUAACAAACAGUUACACCAGGCCAGCAGUGAUAUAACUGCCUGUGUGUCUCUGUAAUACCAUGGAUUCAGAGGAUGAGCCCUUGUUGCUUCAGGCUAUGUGGGACUUUAGUGAAUACGAGGAACAAGAUGAUGAAGAAGAGAAGGAAGCUUGUGAUGAAGGGGUUGAAGUGAUCAGGGGAGAACCGGUCUGUAGAGGAUUGUGGUGGGCGGUAGGAUGGAUUUACACUCGGCCCUGGGCCAGUGGAGUGGUUCUUGUUGUAGGCUUUCUGAUUCCCUUAACUCUUUCUGCGUACAUGUUUCUCUACUGCGAGCCCCUGGACAUUGAUCUCUCCUACAGUGCCUUUGAAGUAAGGAGCCAUUCAUCUGCAGAGCGCUUCGAUGCACUCACCGUUGCACUGAAAAGCCAGUUAGGGUCUUGGGAUAGACACAGACGUGAUGCGGAGGGGUUUGAUUUUGAAUCGAUUGCCCUUAGAGAUUUCCUGUUGCUAAAAUUAAACAGACAGGAGAAGCAGCCAGUGGUGGCCAAUCAGACACGACUAUCUGAGGUGUUGGAAAAAAGGCAGGGUAAAUUUGAGAAACCACAAAACCAGGAAGACAGAAUUAACACUAAAACAGACCAAAUGAUGCUUGAUGGUGAGAAACAAGAGGGGAAAAUUAAACACACUAGAAACGGUACAGAAUAUAACCGAACACAAGUGAAGGAAGAAACAAGUUCAGCUCUUGUCAGAAAGCCAAGAUACGCAGGUUAUUCCUACCUUCAGACCCAGGCUCUCUGGAGGAUGGAGCUGGUGUUUGUGGCUCAGGGUGACAAAGACAACAAUAUCUUCACCCCAGAGCGUCUUCACACCAUCCACCAUGUGGAGCGACUCCUCAUGCAACAUCCACAGUUCCAGCAGUUUUGCUGGAAGCCCCUGGAAGUGUUAAGGGACCUUCCUCUGGGACCUUCAUACUGCUCACCCCCAAGCUCCCUCCUCUCCUACCUCUUCCCCAGCGAGCGAGGAGGGAAGAUCUACUUUGAUGGCAUGGGCUCAGACCUGGCAGAUAUACAAGGUGCUUUGAGUCUGGCAAUCACCCACCCCCAGUUUUAUUGGUAUGUGGAUGAGACACUCACUCCGGACAGCCUCCAUUCCUCCAUCCUCCGCAGCGAGAUCCAUUUUGGAGCACCACUGCCAUCUUUCUACUCUCUACAAGACCGACCCCUGGAGCAGAGACAAAGGUUCAGGAACUUUGUGGUCCAGUAUGCUGAUAUUCUGGCUCAGCAGUCCACCAGCAAGGUGAAGGUGCUCUAUGGGGGAACAGAGCUUUUUGAUGAUGAGGUCAGGAGGACGUUCCACAGCGACAUGUUGCUGGCAUUAUUCAGUGGUGCCUGUAUAGCAGUGCUGGUCUAUAUCCUCACUUCGUUCUCAUUGUUUCUGACCUUCUUUGGCUUGGCUAGCAUUGGCCUGAGCUGCCUGGUGGCUCUGUUUCUCUACCACGUCAUGUUCAGGGUGAAGUACCUGGGCAUUCUCAAUGGUGUUGCAGCCUUCAUAAUUAUUGGCAUUGGUGUGGAUGAUGUGUUUGUAUUUAUCAGUACGUUCAGACAGGCAGCUCAUGUUGUAGGAGCUGAGCAGCGUAUGCUUCAUACUGUGAAGACAGCAAGUCGUGCCACCUUCCUCACUUCCUUCACCACAGCAGCUGCCUAUGCAGCCAAUGCCUUCUCUCAGAUCCCGGCGGUGCAUGACUUUAGUCUGUUCAUGUCUCUCAUCGUGAGCUGCUGCUGGCUCUGGGUGUCAAUUCUAAUGCCCGCUGCCCUCUGCAUUUGGAAUCAGUGUGCUGCUGCCCAUGCUAACGCCUGUCCAAAAUGGUGGAGUACUCUGAAUACACUCUCGGUCAAUCUCAGCCCUCUUUCUGAUGAGGAUGAUGACGUGGCUCUUUUGACUGUAGAGACAGAACCAGAUCUCCACGACUCCGAGUUCGAUGCGGCUCUGCUGCGGCUCCCGGAUUCGUCCACAGAAGGGAACAUUGGGUUGGUCAGUGCCAAACUCCAGAGGGCACUGCGAUCCUGGGUGGCUGAGCCUGUGGUAAAGAGACGUAAAGCAAUUAUAGCUCUGUACAUCGUGGUCCUGCUUACGUCAGCAUGCUGCUGCGGCCUCCUUAAACCAGCCAGUCAUGCUCCUGCGCUCUUCCAUCACAACACCAACUUACAGCAACUGCUGGAUCUCCGUAGCAACCUGAGCGCUCAGGGGAUCUCGUGUCACAUGUGCUCAGGAGUGUUUAUGGAAACACCGCACAGCUUGCACAGCAGCGUCCACGCUAUGAGCUCCACAGCAAGGAAAAGCUCCCCAUCAAGCCAAGCAGCAGGGAGUCUGAGACAGCAAAACACUGUUAACGCUACACACACUGCAACAGAUGGCCUUCUGACAGUUUUUGUGUCUAAGCUGGAGGUGGAUGCACCUGUCACCCUCUAUCGCUACUCUCUUAGUGCCAGCAUGCCCGCUCCCUGGAGAGCGCUGAGCCCCAGGCAUGGAGACGUGCCAUCAUUUCAGGCUUAUAACAGUCACCAUGGCAACUAUAGUACACGGCUUACAGUGUGCGUGUCGCAUGCCUACCAUCCCCGGCCACGAUGGAUGCUGACCUUGGGGUCAUGCGAUCCUCGCCAUGGCUGGAGGUCAGACUUCAGCUUCUUUGUGGCACGUAGUGAGCAGAAGAACAGCAGGAAGUUGUAUUUUGCCCAGAACACCUUAAGCCCGUACCCUAGCCGUGUGUGUGAUGGACCGCCAGGCUGUAUGGUCGGUUCUGGGAAUGACGGUCCCACUCAGGGCAGUUUCUACAUCCCAGUGCCUGCAGCCCCUAGAGAGGUGAAAAUUUCGAAGACGUCUGGCUUUAACCCGUGUAGUGGAGGCGGAUGUGGGAAGCCAGCAGUACGUCCGCUGGUGGACACCGGAGCAAUGGUGUUCGUUGUGUUUGGGAUACUCGGGGUCAAUCGCACUCAACAUUCAGACAACCAUGUUAUUGGAGACCUGGGCAGUGUGAUCUACGAUCCUGACUUUGAUCUCUUCAAUGAAAUUGGUCACUUAUGCCGACUCUGCAAAGCCAUCAGUGCCAAUACACAGCUUGUCAAGCCUGGCGGGGCACAGUGUCUGCCUUCAGGCAACAGUCUCACAUCUAUUCUUCCUCUCCUCCACCCUGAGUGUCAGUCCCUUCCUGAGCCCAACCUCCUGCCUGGCCAGCUAUCCCAUGGUGCAGUGGGCAUGCAGGGGGGCCGAGUACACUGGAUCUCCAUGGCUUUUGAAUCAACCACCUACAAAGGAAAGUCCUCGUUUCAGGCAUAUUCAGAUUUCCUGCAGUGGGAGAGCUUCCUUCAGGAGCAAUUAGCAUCUCUCCCACAAACUUCAAGUCUGCGACGGGGCUUUCAGACCUGCCAGCACUGGAAGCAGAUAUUCAUGGAGAUCAUAGGUGUGGAGAGCGCACUUUACAGUCUGCUUCUGUCCUUGGCCAUCUGUAUAGCGUCCGUCGCUGUGUUUACUGUCCAUCCUCUACUGCUGCUGCCUAUCCUGCUUAGCAUUCUGGGUGUGGUGUGUUUGGUGGUAGCAGUGAUGUACUGGUUGGGCUGGGAGAUGGGUGCAGUGGAGGCAAUCUCGCUCUCCAUCUUAGUCGGAUCGUCUGUGGAUUACUGCCUGCACCUGGUUGAGGGUUUCCUGCUUGCUGGGGAUACGGAAAUUGUGGGGACCGUCAGUCACAGCAUGGACCCAUCGGCCGAGCGUCAGCGUAGAACGCUGGAAGCUGUCAAUCACGUCGGAGUCGCCAUAGUAUCCAGCGCGAUCACCACAGUGAUAUCCACCGUGCCACUGUUUUUCUGCACGAUUAUGCCUUUUUCAAAGUUUGGCCAGAUUGUGGCUAUUAACACUGCCAUCUCGAUAUUAUUCACCCUCGUUGUGACCACAGCCCUCCUCGCCACAAUGGGGCCUUCACGCUUCACUCGGCCACCGCGAGCAGUUCUCAAAGCCAGCCUGGUGGUGCUUGCGGUGGGACUUUCAGGGUGUCUUUUCUGGUGGACUGGAUCCCAACUGAUCUCCUCAAGCUGGAGCUCACUUAUUACUUAGAUUUAAUGAUGUCUACUGAUCAGAUAAAGGCUGAAGAGUUAAGUGUUGUGACCCAACCACAGAAUGUAUUUGGUGUGUAAAUUAUUGGGAUGUACAUGAUACUGUAUACUAUUUUGUUGAAAUUAAAAGGCGGUCCUUGUGGGAUGCCUUAAAGGAAAGAUCCACCAUGAAAGGCUUGCAUUUUAUUUCUCUCAUCGACAAUGUUCUGUAUUCACCGCUUGCCUAAAUUACCCACAAUGCUUUUUGACAACCUGCUGAUAAUGGCACCAGUGAGAUUUAGCCCUUGCUUCACCUCUAGUUAACAAGACUGCGGCAGAGCUUUACUCCUUAAGUCUGACUUUAACUUUCAUGCUAAUCUUGCCAUCAGCAACAUCCUGCUAGUCAUCUCAUAGAUUGCUAACCUUGCAUUCUGGGUGUUUAAGUCCAACAUUUGCGCCUAUGUUCGACUUCUCAUUAAUAUGACUUUAAGCAUGGCUGAAAAGUGGUGAAUUAAAAAAUUAUUUUGUUUUAAGGAGUUAAUACCAAUAUUUAGUCAUUAUCCCAUAUCUUUGAGAUUGUUGAAACGAUUGUUACUUCCUUGGCAACAUCCCCGUCCUUAUAAGAAAUAGAAAUGGAGGGACCGAUCAACAAAUGAGCAGGACAAUCACUAAGCACAUUACGGAUAUUUAACUCCAGAUCUAUGAUGUCUUUCAGGGUGAAUUUUUCCUUUAAGUUUAAGGAGCGAACGUUAGAAAGGCCAACGAGUUUCACAAAUCAGUUACUAAAGAACUCCUCGUGUAGACUGGAAAUGUUUUUCUUCGAAUCUUUAUUUGGUUUAAUGAAUAAGAAUAAAAAAAAAAAAAAAAGGUCCUGGGAGAUUUUGGAUAUGCCGUCUACCUCAGGUUAUUAAAAAGAAAAAGGAAAAAAAAAAAAGAACCUGUCCAAGUAUCAAUAAAAGAAGACUGAGAAAGUCUAAUAAAAAUAUUUUAGUAUGCUGCAGCUCUAUCCUAUGGGACAGCUGAGGAAAUGUUGGGCGUGUAAAAUAUUAUUGAGAAAAAGUCAUUGGGACGGGAGUUUUGACAUUGACGACGGUGUUCUUACAAAACUGAAAUAAAGCCUUUUUAAUUCUAGUCAGUUGAUGGUACUGUGUAACCAUCGCUAGGUUCGAAGUUGUGUUUUCAGAAGUAUUUUGUAUAAGGAUUUGUUUUGUGAAACUGACCAACAAGCUGUUCUAUUGGUUUUAUAUCACUGUAAAUCUGUACUUGAGUAGUUGAGAUGUUUCUUGUUGAGGAAAAAAAAAAAAAGAUUUAUACACUGUGUUGUAUAAAAGCUAUGCUAUUGGUUCUCAUACAUCAAAUCAAUACACUCACCUUGAGGGAAUUUUGGGU